AUGUCGAAUAGUGCUUUUGGACCAGUUUUAAGUUCAGGGACUGCUCCUAAUUUAGGCAGUGUUCCAUCUGCUAAAGAAGAGCAUGCCUUAGGCUUAAAAGCUAUUUAUGCAGCUUGUCGACUGUUGUAUCCUGAUCAACCUACUCCACUGCAAGUAACAGCUGUUCGAAAGUUCUGGAUGGGUGGACCAGAUCCUUUGGAUUUUAUCAAUAUGUAUGCAAAUCCAGGAUCAGCUGAACUGCAAAGCCCUCCUCACUGGCAUUACGUAACUAACGGUUUAUCAGAUUUGUAUGGUGACUCGAGGUUGCAUGGCCAUUGUCAUUCAACUGACGGUCCAAGUGGUUUCGGUUUCGAGUUAACAUUUCGAGUAAAACGUGAAGCAGGUGAAACAAAUCCACCAACAUGGCCAGCGCAUUUACUACAAAGCUUAGCACGUUAUGUUUUCUAUUCACAAGCUCAAUUAAUGGCAGGCGAUCAUAUUCCAUGGCCUACGUCUUUAGAUAAGCAGCCUAAUUUUUCAUCUCAACAGUCGGAAAAACGACGACGGCACCAUCACCACCACCAGCAACAACAGACGGAUAAAGAAACAAAUGUGAAAGAGUUGGAAAAUGCAAGAAAAUCCAUUGCAAUGGCGGCUGCAGCAACUGCGGCUUCCAUAUUAGCUGCAAACAGUGCUAAAACAGGUAUGGGAUCUUCAUCGGCUGCUUUAUCCGCAUUAACCAAUCCUUCGACUUAUGCAUCCAUGGUCGCAGCUGCUCUAGCCGCUGUCAAUAAUAACAACUCGAAUGAUCCAGUUGGCCAGAAUGAAACUAAGGAUAAACUAACAACUAAUUCAACAAAUUCAUCACGUAUUCAUCAUAUGCUACUGGUAGAAGAUCCUCAACUGAAGAAAAUCACUACACCAUAUGGUUAUGUUCAAUUUUUACAGUUGGUUGGUCUUUGCGAUGAGGAACUGCGUUUGGUUCAACGUUGGACUGGUUCUCAUGUUGCCGAAUUAAUGAGUUGUUCACUAGAAACUGGUGGUGGUCUUCUUGUCACCGAUAUGAGAAGAAAUUUAAAUAUUUUUGAAAUGCAACCAAAUUUAGUGGAUUAUAUCAAUGAUAAAUUAAAACGUGAAGGUUCGAAUUUAUCUGGUGUCACAAUAUCCUAUUUUGCUUGGGCACCUAUAACUAUGGUCACUUUAGGUGAGCUACUACCAGGUGAAGUAGAAUCUCGUCGAUUACGUCGUCAAACACAGAAACGUGAUUCAUCUUCAACUAGUUGUCUGUAUUCUAAAUCAGAAGUUCAGUCAGGAUCCAAGGCUGUAUUGUUUCAUAACCCUUCAACUGAUUAUAAUACCCACAAAUCAGAUACUGAUAUUGGAUCUAAAACUGUGGCCAUGGACACAGAUGAUACAUUGGUGUCGUUUGCAGUAAAAAAACGAAUUGAAGAUGAUGAAUUUAUAGAUGUUGUUGGCGGUGGUGGUAACGGGGGUGGCGACGAGACAUUGCAGAAGUUGACAGCAGAAAGUUACAUCAAUUCAUCUACUAGUGCUUUAGCUUCAGUGUCUACUGAACCUAAUUCACUAAAAAUUUCUCGUUUUGAACCAAAAUCUCGUGUUUCGUUAAGCAAUAGAUUGAGCUCCGGACAUUUAACUUCAGAUUGUUUUCCGCAUUCAUUAGGAAAUCGAAAUGUAAUCGAUGGACAAACUAUCAGUGCACCUGGUGGUUUUUCUCCCUGGUGUAACCGGGUAGGACCUAUCAAUCAGUUUAACCAAUCACCUAUGAGUCGUCAAAGCAUAAACAAAGUCGGCGCUAAUACUUCAUCUACAGGUGGUGGAAUAUUCAGAAGUACUUUGGUCAAUUCACCUACAGAACUGACUAAUGUAGUUGGCGGCGCGCUUGGUUUUCGAACAUUCAACUCAGAACUACCAAUAUCCAAUAUGAUUACAGAUAAAUUUAUAGAUACCAGUAUUGAGCCUAAAGGUGGGAAUCUUACACCUGGUGGUGGUGGUAGUAGUAGUACUACUGGUGAUGGUUCUGCACCAUGUACACCUUUAGCACAUUUAUCACUUUCUCCGGCAAGUUUGGAUAUGAUGCCAACACGGAUUAUCGAUUAUUUAGAUGUGCAUUUAUGUCGUGAAGCUGGUGAAAUGCUUCCUUUAGCAGUGAAUGAUCGACUACGUCAUGGAAGACAUUUUACAUUUUUAAAUGCAAAUUAUCCAGAUAAUGCUAUUACGUUAGUGCCAUCUGGUGUUUCUGGAGCUUUUGUUACAGAAGAAACACCCUAUGUUGCCCGUGGACCAUGGUUACAAAUCUUAUUGACAGACGAUUUUCUGGAACAGUUGGAAUUUCAAUUUUCAUGUUUAUUAUAUCCUAAUGAAUUGCAUUUGCCGUUAGUUUUUCGUUGGCCAGAAAGACAUUUACGUAUAUGCUUGGUUGAUGUCAGUUCAUCAUCAUCAUUGUCAUCAUCACCACCACCAUCAUCAAACGGAGGCUUACCAUCAAUACCUCUCCCGCAUUCACAGACAGCAUCUGUAACAAACCCGGUGUCUUUAAUAAACGAUACUAAUAACAAUAUUGGCAAUAAUAGUGUCGACAAUAGCAACACUUCAGAUACAUCGAAUAUUUCAAAACUUAUGGGUACUCCUACUACUACUAGCAUUCAUUGUAAUUGGAAUACAUCAAUGGUAGAUAAUAGAUUGAUAUCUGGUAAUAACAGUGGUAGUGUUGGGAGUACUCUACAGUCCUCAGUCAUUCCGAGUGCAUUUGCUAAAUCUGAUUUACUUCCUUCAUUCUUAUCAUUAUUCCCACCGGGAUGUAUACCACCGCCGAAUGUUUUAUCAUCGUUGUUCAGUGCCAUGGCUACAAAUAAUUCUAGUAGCACUAGUGACAAUAUUAAUACUACCAAUAAUGAUCAAUCUCAAACAGAAUUAUUCAGAAAAUCAUUUCUCCCAAUAAAUCAGACUGUUACACCAGUGCCUAUAUUUCAAACAUCGUCGUCAUCACCUACAUCAUUAAUCCAACCAUCCGCAUCAACGUUGCCGAAUUCAUCUCAUAUACACCACCAUCAAAUCACUCAGCAACAACAAGUACGGCAAGAACAUCAACCAAGUACAACAUCUCUUCCUACUGAAUUAAAAGUUGAUAGCUUAAUUGAUCCUAAUGUAUUUGCUAAUAACUGGUCAAUGUUUUUGCAAACAUUAAUGCGUAACAGUAACAUUAAUACUAAUAAUACGGAUUCAUUAAGACAAAUAAUAUCUGGUAGUCAGAAUAACAACGUUGCUACUACUAAUAUCAGUAGUACUAAUCCAACCGCUUAUUUCAUGGAGUUUUUGCAAAAUUUUCCUUUCAAUAAUAGUAAUAAUAAUUGUAUGAAUAUGUUGUCUGCUUUAACUUCGUCAACAGCACCGACAGCAUCAGUAUCAUCGUCAUCAUCAUCAAUGAAGCAUUUUUAA